AUUAAUGCAGUUCAUUAUCAGCAAAACUGCAGCGUAAGAACGUCAGAUAAAACUAUCAAGUAAAAAUCUGUAAAAAAAACAAACAAAGGAGUUGUUUCAACUACACGCUUUGUUAAAUCUCAUUAACUCAUAUUCAGUCAUCCGUGUUUCUCAAACACACAGAUAAAAUCGCUGAGUCCUAAAGCAUUUCACAAAAUUAUAUUUAAAAAAAACUGCAAUGAAUGUGUGAGACUUUGUUAGAGGAUGAAAAAUGAGCAUGUGCCUUUAAGAGCUCUAUGUCCCACUCUUCAUGUCUUUCUCUAAGCCUCGUGUGUUUGUUGGCAUCAGCUGUCGUCAGAGCUGAAAAGAGCAAGGACAUCUUUUCUUUCACGACUGUGGGAUUAGGAGAAGUGGCUUUCUUACUCUGCAGGCUGUCAUCUCAGCUCCAAGAAGACAAAACAAAUCGGACAGGCGACCGAGAGAAGAUGAAGACAAGUGGAAAGUUUGGAUUGCAAAGCAGAUUUUCUUUAAGUUUGCUGCUUUUAGACCUCGAGGGAAAUGGAUUAACAAGCCUCCAGACGCAGAAGAAUCAUCUUAUUUAGUUUCCACCAUAAUGGAACAUCAGUCUUCUUCACUGUCUUCUGGUGUCCAGUUUGCGUCUUGUCCUCCACAACCGGAGCAGAGCGCCCGGCGGAGAAUUGGACGCUCCGAGGAGAGAGCCCCUUUUCCCAUUCCUGGCCUUGCUGCAGACGUCCUGCACAUGCGAGUGAAAGAAGGAAGCAAAAUUCGCAAUUUACUGCGGUUUGCAGCCGCCCGCAUGCAGGGGGAAGGACAGGACAGCAGUGCAGCGGCAGUGAGACAGGUGGUCUUCACAGGCCUGGGCAGGGGCAUCACCAAGACCAUCACCUGCGUGGAAAUCCUGAAACGCAAAGUGGCAGGGCUGCAUCAGGUGUCCAAACUUUGCUACAUGACACUUAAUAAGGUUUGGGAGAGCGCACCGCAGGAAGCGGCGACCACCACCGUGGAGAGGACGGUGCCGGCCAUCUGCAUCCUGCUCUCCAAAGACCCGCUGGAUCCCCAGGAGCUGGGCUACCAGCCUCCACAAUCCUUCAGCGUUCCCACAGAGGAAGAGGAGAGACGCGGGGAUCUGCGCAGAACAGCUGGCAGGCCGAACUCACUGCACUCUGCCAAGAGGCUCAGUCUGGAUGAUUGGACCAGAUGUCCUUCUAAAACUUAUAAAGUUUAGCUAAAAAGCCAGCAAAUGUGCAAUUACAUGUUCCUACUUCGUAGUAAUGUUUGGCUGAAAAAAGUACUCGUGUUUUUUGUGAAGUAAUUUAUAGUGGUGCACUGAUUUCUUUAAUUUUGGGAGAUCGGUGAUCGGCCGACACUUACAUGUGAAGCCAAUCUUAUCGACCAGGUUUGCUGUCCUUUUCUGGUCUGCUGUGACAGGGGUUUGACCUUUGACCCAGCAGGUCAUGUCUGCAAGUUUGCAGUCAACAAUAGUCACUCCACUGUCACCAACUCCGCCAUUUUCUCACUGCGUUUAGCGACAUUUCAGACAAAAAAAAUGGCAUCAGACAAAAUCAGAAUGGGCAUUUCAGGCUUUUUAAAGAUCGUUAAUCAGCGAUCGGCCAGAAAACUGCAAUCAGUGCACUCCCAGUUAUUAGAUACUGUUUUAGGGCUGGACAAUAUGACUGAAAAACAUCACAAUAUAAAUGUUUUGUAUCUGUCAAUAUAAAUUAUGAUUAUUUUUUUUGUUUGAAAUUUUAGUUUGACCAACUUAUCAAACUAAAAUUAAGUGAAGUAAAUAAAAAGCGUCAAGUAAAAAAGAGAAGUAAGAUGUAUUCAAAAGUCAACUCAAUUACAGUGUUGACUUUUUAAACUACUUUGAAUAAUUAGUUGAGCUUUCUGUACUGAUUGGUAGCUAAGAUCAAUUGGAAUGAAUGUAUAAUUGAAUUGAGAUUAUAUUUCUGUAAAGUGCCUACAAACACUUGUUGUGAAUUGGUGUUAAAUAAAACUGAAUUGAAUUGA